AUGGAAGAGCCAAGCGGAGUCCGUUUACCGAAGGCCUGCAGGACAUGCGCUAAGGCCAAAGUUCGCUGUGAGCCCCAAAGUGGAGGUGGCCCUUGCAAGCGGCAAAACUUCAAGCUAAGAGCUUCUAGAUGUCGUCGUCUCAAUAAAGACUGUGGGGGUCAGGCCCCUGGGGCUCAUCGGCGACAAAACUCCAAACCUGCUACCUCUGAGGUUGCUGCCUUGGAAGCUAAAUUAGAUCGAAUGGUCGCUUUAUUAGCUACUUCUGAGCGAAUACCCAAGGAUCUCGCAUCGGAUAUCGCGAUGUCGCCUGAGUGCUCCUCUGGCACGGCUAGGAGCACUGAUGCACCCACGCCAGUGAAUAUGGACGGACAGGCUCUGUUAGAGACCUAUGCCAAGAUGAUGAUCCCGAUGUUCCCGUUCAUUCCAAUACCAUCCCAUAUGAGUGUCGAAGAGCUACGUCGGGAAAGGCCAUUUCUCUAUCUGAAUAUCUCCAUGAUCACCAGCCCGAAUCCUGCACGCCAACAAGAGCUGUCCAACACUAUCAAAAAAUAUUUAGCCGACCGUAUAAUUAUGAGAGGCGAACGGAGUUUAGAUCUUCUUCAAGGUCUACUUGUCCAUCUGACUUGGUUCAUUUCCGUUUCGCGUUUACACCAAACCAACUUUUCUGGUCCGAUCGACGGCCCUGCGCCUAAUUCAAAUCUACCCCCAAAGCAACCUACUCAAGGGACAGCUCAAUUGGACGCGUUUCUACACCUUGCAAUGGCACAAACAAUCAGUUUGGGUCUGAAUCAGGAUCCGAGCAGCACGAAGACUAUGAAUCAGCCUAUCGCAUACCUAAGUCAGGUUGAUCUCCAUCGAGAUCGAACUCCGUCUCGCACAAUGGAAGACCGCCGGACCUACUUGGGGUGCUACUAUACAAUGAUGAUGUUAUCAGUCUGCGCCAAAGAUAUGGAAUCGUUCCGUUUUACGAAAUACACGGACGAAUGCUGCAAAAUAUUAGAUGAGUCUCCCGAGUUACCUUCUGACAGGUAUUUGGUUCAACUCGUGAGAACUGUUCAUCUUGCCGAGAACAUCAAUCAUACGAUUACUGUGGACGAGGUUCACCCAGCGCCAAGCCUGUCAGCUCCGCUUAGUAUGAGCUUGAGAUGGCAUCAAAUUGAGCUGCAAAAGCUGAGGGAUUCUUUUUCAUGUGACCAGCCCCACGCAUCCAUAUUAUCUUUCCACUACGACACACUCGAGAUGCUGCUCUAUCACAGCUCCCUCAGCAGGGAGAUCUCAGACACCGACUACGGAAAUUAUCCUGUAACACGGCUCGAUAUCCUGUAUCGCUGUCUCGAAGCCACAAAGUCCUUUUUCCACCAUCUAUACACCCUUCCAGCUGUCUAUUUCCGCUUCCUCCCAUUUACAAUAUCCAGCCAAUUCGGUCAAGCAGUUGUCACAUUAUCACGAUUGACCCUCUACCAAAGCGAGAACGGAGCUUGGGAUACUACGUACGUUAAAAACACCAUCGAGUUCGAUCAGACUGUCGAUACACUAGGACAGAAAUUGGAUGAAGCUCGAGCUCUGCUUGAGCAGGAUCAGUCAUCUUCCACUGAGCCACCCGAGAUUUUCAAGAGACUCGCUACUAGAAUAAAGAUGAUGAAGGAUAUGCAUCGACGAAGGCAAGAUGCCCAGGAGAAGACCGCGCAGUCACAGGCUGUUGAGCAUCCUUGUGAUAUGAAUUACAUGUUCAACAUGCCGGCUGACUUUUUCAUUACUGAUGCUGACUUCUUCGACUUUGCCGAGUCUUUUUACGCUGCCGGUGUUAUGUGA